AUGGUGGCGCCUCGUGAGCCGACCAAAUGUUUUUCGCUAGCUACGCCACUGAUAAGAAGUGAAGGUGGUCCUGUUGCGAUUACUAGUGAAUUUGGCUGGAUUGUCACUGGACAGACGAAUGAUGGUGAAACUAAUUCGAAAUUGUCAAACGUUAAUUUAAUCAUCGAAGAUUACUCUUUUUCAAAGGAAUUUCCGCUUGACAAGAGAGAACCCAAAUUACAUGAAUGCUUGAAACGGUUUUGGGAGAUCGAAUCAAUGGGCAUCAAAGAAUCCAACGAAUCACAGGAUCAGGAGUUUCUGAAGAAUAUACAAUAUCUGGAGGAUGAAGGGAGAUAUGAAGUGAACCUACCUUGGAAAGGGGAAUAUAUUCCAAAAUCAGACUGUUACGGUAUGUGUUUGAAACGAUUACACCAGUUGAAGUCUCGUCUCGAUAAAGAUAAACCCUUAUUGCAAGAAUACGAUACAAUUAUCAAAGAUCAAGUGAAAGGAGGAAUUAUUGACCCAGUUCUUGUUGCUCAUGAAAUCGGUUAUUUCCUACCCCAUCAUGGCGUACUUCGAGAAGAUAAAGGAAACUACAAAACUUCGCGUGGUUUUCGAUGGAUCGGCAAGAGCUACUAA